UCACAUGCGUUCAGCGGCAGAGGCUGCCGCAGGGCAGCUCAGGUCAGUGGGUGGCUCAUGGCUAGGAGGAGCAGCAGACCCGCCCUGAGAGAAUGUUUACAGGAAGGAGGGCUUGGAGGAGCAAGGAGACAACUGGCUUAGAAAAGGUGCAGGGGAUCUGCGGGGAGGGGCAGGUCCCAGAAAAGGGAGAUCAGCACAAAUACACUCCCUUCCACAACGUUUGCUGAAGGGCCCACGCCAUGUAAGCCUCCGAGUCCAGCCGCCCUGUCCAGGGGAAGCAGCCACAGCGCUGGGCUCUGCCUUCCUGUUUGCAUUCCCAGGCCGUGGACGCUCGCAGACAGCAGGGCUUCCGCUCGGGCUGGCCCGGACUGUUCCGACCACUCCCGGCGCCUCCCAGCAGCAGCCCACAGCUGCCAGGCCGCGUAGCACCCGCGCUGGGGAGGCAGAGACUGAGCUGGGCUCUCCGCCACAUUUUGCUCCAAAAAUAAGCCAUGUCUUCCCUGUAUUCAGCCCUCUGGACACCAGUUACCUCCCUCCGUCAGGGCGUGUGGGGGAUGGUCUCCUACCUGAGUGGAGACACAGGACCCGGGGCCGGCUGCCUGGAGGAAGGAAAAAAAUCUGAAGAGCAAGUGCCUGAAGACAUUCCAGAAGCGCGGUCUCAGAAUCAUUCGGGGGACCUGUCGCCAGGUCUGAGGCAGCCAAUCCCAAAGCCCACGACACUGAGGCUUCUUCUGGUGGGCAAAAGCGGCAGCGGGAAGAGCGCCACGGGCAACAGCAUCCUGGGCCGGCAUGAGUUCGAGUCCCGGCUCAGCGCCCAGCCGGUGACCCAGACCUUCCAGAAGGCACAGUGUAGGCGGGCCGGCCUGGAGCUGGAGGUGCUGGACACACCCGACCUGCUGUCCAGCGGGGGCCCAGCUGACACAGCGCUGCAGGACGCCUGCGAGGCCAUCCGGCUGUCGGCCCCGGGCCCGCAUGCCGUGCUGCUGGUCACGCAGCUGGGCCGCUUCACCGAGCAGGACCGCGCGGCAGCCCGGCGCCUGCAGGAGCUCUUCGGCCUGGCCGUGCUGGCGCACACGGUGCUGGUGUUCACGCGCAGGGAGGACCUGGGUGACGGCUCCCUGGACGAGUUCCUGCGUGACACCGACAACCGCGACCUGGCCCGGCUGGACGUGCUGUGCUCACGGCGCCACUGUGGCUUCGACAACCGGGCCGAGGGCGCCGAGCAGGAGGCCCAGCUGCAGGAGCUGCUGCUCCAGGUCCAGGGCGUGCUGUGGGAAAGCGAGGACCACCACUUCAGCAACGCGGCCUACCGGUACUGCCUGGAGCACCCCCCGCCCCAGGAGAUGCCCGAGGAGCCACUGGACGAGGGUCAGGUGGCCGAGGAAGGGCCUCCGGGGGAGCGCUGGCCAGAGGGCCUGUGCAGGGUCCAGAAGGAAGCCGAGGGGACUCACAGAUGGCUCCUGCCCAGGGUGUCCAUUUGAGCCUCUGCUGGACUCCACCAGGGCAGUCACAUCCUGCAGCCUCCCUCACCCCUGGUCAUCUUGCAGCAGAUCACUCGGUCACUUCUUUCCUGGGGUGACUGACCACCCCAGUCAGGCCACGCUGUCUGGUGUGGUGAGACAGGGUGUGGGCUCCAGUCCUGGCUCUGUCAGGCCCUUCAUCAGGUUGUCCAGGGCACACGGCUCCCUCCCCUGUGCCCCUAUAGAGAAAGAGCCUCUGCCCUCAGGCCUUCACCUCCUGAGAUGCUCAUCUCUAGCCCAUAGGCCCGAAGCUGCCUCUGGGCAGCCUGGGCCUCAUGUUCCUGUGCACCCCCAGCGUGGGGUCCCUGCAGUCACUUGUUCAUGCUGAUGGAGCGUAACGAGCGGGAAAUACCUGCUCUGUGUGGGGUCGGGGUGUGCACGGGCUUGGAGAUGUGUGGGAGGGACGGAGGCUGGGCCGGGCCAGGGCGUGAGGAGGGAAGGAGGCCAUCGCCACAAACAAGCCUUCCCGCGAGACUCUUCAGGUGGGAGGGGAACAACAUCGGGCAGGGGUGCCCGACAAGGUGGACCUGGAGCUGGCUAAGCCCUGGAGCUGCCAGUGGGACAUGAGCAGAAGACCCGUCCCUGAGCCCACACACUCAGGCCUGACACCUGUCUCUCCUCAGGCCUCCUGCCUCCGGCCUUAGAAAACAAAGACCUUUUCAGCCCUGCCUCAGCCCCUUCCCUUCCCCCUUGCUGGUGGGGAAAAGGCACAAGUGGGUGAGUGUCUCAGGUGUGAGUCCCCCAGGGAGGUAUCUGGGGGCGAGUAUGGAGGGAGGCAGAGAGGAGAGGGCCUGCAAGGGGAGCAGAUGAAUGACCUGAACAUCCUGAGGAGCACCGCCUGGUUGAUGGGGAGCACCCUGCAGCGUGGGUGUCUGUCAGAGGAGGCUCCCGUGGACAGGACUCAGCAGAGGUGCGGAGGGAACAGGAGGGAGCAGAUAGGGUCUGCUCGGGCUCUGGUCUGCCAGUGCCCUCGGACUGCAGGUGGAGGCUGACCCACCCCUGAUGCAGCUCAGUUUCCUGGGGUCCAGACGCGCAUGGGGAGCCUGACCUUCAGGGUGCAAUGAUGAGAGGAAAGGGGGGAACAUGCUUCCCGCUCACUCCUCCUUGGCUUUCUUCAAGCACAAGUUCUCUUGCCAUGUUUUUUUGGGGGGGAGAGUGGAGGUGGGGUGACGACUGGUGAAUAAACUGGAGUCCCAGGACAUAGCCUCAGGCCUGGCCCACCCUCGCCUGCUGACCAGAGAUCCUACACCUCAGACCCCUCACCUCAGGCCUCCAGCUGACCGCCAGGCCACCCUCAGGCCCCAGAGCAGUGGACUCCUACAAAAGACUAAGAAAACUUUUCUUUUGCUAAAAGCCUCGAAAAAAUCUGAAGGCAGCACGCAGACUUGUCUUGGUGUAUUCUUAAGACAGCCGCCGUCUCACGACAGCCAGAACCACGCAUUUCACCAGCAAGCCACUUCCCAGUGAACUGUAUUCGGUUUUCAUAUCCUUGUCGAAUCCUUGUCAGGAUGUUUGACUCUUGUUCCUGUCUUCUGCUGUUCUGCUCCUGUGAAUAAAGCAGUGACGGGAUGACUGCCGUGUGGACUCUGCUGUGGUUGGCUGAUUCCCCCUCAGCCUUCCUCUCAUAUGCCCUUUGCUUCCCUUGGGCCUUUCCUGUUUAUGUGACAGGUAAAUCACUCGUUUCAUUUUCAAAAAAGAAUCUGACUGGUGUUGGCAGUUGGAAUUCUCUAGCGUUUACACAUGAUUUUAUCAGGAAUUGGCAAAUACUUCAAGGUUAAGUGAAUCAAGGUCACCUUGUGUCUAAAUGGACGCACUCAAGGUCAGCGCUAGUGAAAUAAAGCUAAAAUCAUCUGCAUUUCCAUUAGGGUAAGAAGACAGGUGUCCUUCAUCAGGUGUUACUGUUUUAGCUUUAGUUGUUAAUUAAUAUCAAAAUAGGUCAUACAGGCAUUUCACCAAUGACACCCAUCCAAUCACUCUAAAGGCAAGUCGCAAAACAUGUCAUUUAUUAAAAAUUUGAAAGGAAUUUUCUGUGUUUAUAUCAAAAUGGUGCUUUCAGUCCUUACCAUAAGACUCAGAGAAGUCACUUCCCCCAACAUUUCAGGAGGAGAGAUCGGUGCUGCUACCAGCCCCAGGCUCUGGAGAAUGGGGAAGGCCCAUUCCAGGCUUCCGGAAACCCCACAGUCUGGGUGCUGCCAGUAGGAGGGUGGACUGAGGUGCAGUGAGGAGGGAGGGUUGUCUUGGUCAAAGCUGUCAACAGUUCUACUGAACUUUAAAAUGGAUGAACUUUUAAUAUCUAUUGUUAGUGAACUUUAAAAUGUCUAUUUUAGAAAAAUCAUCUCUACUCUGGAGCAAAGCAGGAGAGCCAGGGAUUUGGGGUGUUUUAAGAGCAAGUGAGUGCAGUGUUGUUUGCUCCUUGCUGGGUCAAAACAACUCUUAGCAGUCAGAGGAAGGUUUCUGACUCCCAAUCCCCCUGGAAUAGCAUUAAUGAAUGACAUAGAAAACACAAAGUAGUAAUUUCAAAACUACUGUUUUGAAUGUCCUGGGAAGUACCAAGUACAGGCAGAUAUAGAGGGAACUUGACUCUGGAGGUGGUGGGAGGACCUUGCUGUCAUGUGUGUGUCUUUUCCACUGAAGAUGUUUCCCAUUUGCUGACACAAGAGUCAUCCCUCAAGCAGAAAUUUACAGUGACCCGUGAGUAAGAGGACGGAGUUCUGGGGCAGCCAGGACAUUUAGCAAAUGAUGGGGAACUCUUGAAAGAAAAAAGCCACAGAAUGGGAGAAAGGCCAUUGGAAAUUCUGCGUAUAACCACACUUUAAAUCAUAGACUGACCUAUGAACUCUGAUCUCCAAAGUGAUCAGGAGACAAUUUUCUGGAAGGAUGAAAUAACUGCUUUCUUAGGUCAGAGAGGUCAGCUGUUGCCCACAGUAGCAACAGAAACUCCAUUCCAGCACAUAAGAGGGUGGUAAACUUGGAAAUUUCGACUGAAAUACCAAAGGGGUCACACUUGAGGACUCAGAACCACAUGGGGUCUAAGGAAUUUGCGCUAAAGGAAGAGCAAACUUGCAGUGCCUUGCGAGUGACAUGUCACUACAGGCCUUCCCAAGGUCAUCGUGUUCUGCCAGUAACUGAAGUGCUGCUAGAACAAAUUCAACAUUCUUCAGGAGACAACAGGAUCCAGAGUCUCGACAGUACCCGGCGCACUAUUAUUUAUUCUUCUAAAUAAGGUUACAAAGCCAUGCAGUUUCUCUCUGUGUGUUUCUAUUACACAAUUUUUGGUAUAUCUGUUUUCAUGAUCAUUCCAUUUAAAAUACUUUGUUUUCUUUGUGAUGUCCUUGUUUACUUGUGAAUUAGAAGUGUGUAUUUAAUUUCCAAAUACUUGAGUAAUUUCAAGGAAAUGCAGUUUGUGCUGGGGGAGCCGCCUGCCCAGAGGCUGCUGAGUGUGGGAAAUCCAGCUGGCGCCCUGAAACACUGAUUUUUAA